AAACUGGAUGAAAGAAGAGAAUGGAUAUGGGUAACCAACACCCAUCCAUAAAACGGUUGCAUGAAAUACAGAAGGAAGUCAAAGAGAUUGAACAGCAAGUGGCAGUCUUCAGUGGUCUGUCUACUGAUCGAGAUUACAAGAAAUUAGAAAGGAGCCUUACUAAACAGCUUUUUGAAAUAGAUUCUGUAGACACCGAAGGAAAGGGGGAUAUUCAGCAAGCCAGAAAACGAGCUGCUCAGGAAACAGAGAGGCUGCUUAAGGAACUGGAACAAAAUGCAAACCAUCCGCGCAGACUGGAAAUAGAGGCUAUAUUCAAGGAGGCACAGUCACUUGUGGAACGUGAGAUUACGCCUUUUUACAAAGGAGGUAACUGUAUAAGUGACGAAUUUGAAGAAGGUAUUCAGGACAUUGUAUUGAGGCUUACCCAGGUGAAAACUGGAGGGAAAGUUUCUCUACGCAAAGCAAGAUAUCGCACUCUGACAAAAGUAUGUGCUGUUCAGGAGAUUAUAGAAAGCUGUGUAAAGCAACAGCUGUCCCUGCCACUCUCUAAUGAUGCGCAUCCUUCUGUCUCCAAAAUUAACUCUGUAAUGUGUGAUGUGAACAAAGCAAGAGGAACUCUUAUUGCGCUUCUAAUGGGAGUGAGUAGUAAUGAUACCUGCAGGCAUCUCUCCUGUGUGCUUACAGGCCUCAUUGCUGAUUUGGAUGCUUUAGAUGUCUGUGGUCGCACGGAAAUAAGAAAUUACAGAAAGGAAGUAGUGGAAGAGAUCAAUAAAUUGCAGAAAUACCUGGACUUGGAAGAAGAAGCAAAUUCUACUCACGCUUACGAUUUGGCACAAAAUCAGUCCAUUCUAAAAAUAGAAGAGAUCCGCAAGAAAAUGAAGGAAGUUAAUUCUUUACUUUCAAAAACAGAGAAUGCUUCUGAUUUGUAUUUGGGAUCCAAAGCAGAAUUGCAGGGAUUAAUUGCCCACUUAGAUGAGGUGAGUCCAGGAAAAAACCCCUGUAUUAGAGAAGCCAGGAGAAGAGCAGUAAUAGAAGUUCAAACUCUUAUAACGUAUAUUGAUUUGAAGGAAGCGCUUGAAAAAAGGCAAAUGUAUCCUGAGCAAACUGCUGCCGAACAUCAGUCUCAUAAAGCAGUUUGGACUGUUCUUGGAAACUUGUCUCAAAUUCUUGAUGGAAACAGAACAGAUAAAAAUUACAUGAGAUUGGAAGAACUUCUUACGAAACAACUUCUAGCACUUGAUGCUGUUGAUCCACAAGGCGACGAGCGGUGUAAGGCUGCCAGAAAGCAAGCGGUAAAGCUUGCACAGAAUAUUCUUUACUAUCUGGACAUGAAAACAGAUGAAUGGGAGUACUGAAACAGCCAUGGCCUAACAUAGAAGAACGUUUUUUCCUUUGGCACUUUAUGCAGACCAUUGGCAGCACGUAAUAAAAGUGGUGUGUUCUGUGCUUGCUUAAA